UGAAGACUGAAAACACUUUCUGAUAACCCUAAUUAUGACCGAAUGAGUCCCGCCGCUGCGAAAAUCCUCACCACCGACGUCCUUCCAAUGAAGAAGCAGAGGAAAUUUGCCGGACAUCCGGCAAUAAUAUCAGCCGCCACCGAAGAUCGAAUCUCGGACUUACCGGACGCUGUCCUCCACCUCAUCCUCCGUCGUAUGAACUCCCCCACACAAGCUGGACAGACUAUGGCUCUCUCCCGGCGAUGGCGAAGCCUCUGGCGCUCAUACCCUGUCCUGGAGUUCGAUGAGGCCGAUUGUCACAGUCACCGCGGCUGGAAAAACUGUCCCGCCACCGUCGCCGUCGCAACCGAUUAUCUCCACAAAUUCACGGCUGCCUCCAUCGAGCGAUUCUCUGGAAACCAAUUGCCGAUUGAAGCUUUCAAAGUCUCACUGGCAAGGGAAGAUAGGAUCAAAAAGCAGACGCCGCUCCGCUGUGAUUCUUGAGCAGCUGCUGAGCUUGGCGUGGGAGAGGAAACCGGGAGAGAUCACCAUGGAUAUAACCGGCUACCGUCUGCCCUGCCGCAAAGGAAUCCUGACAUCCGGCCUCAAGAUUCUCCGGCUGACCGGAAUCAAGUUUGGAUCCGACUGGCGCUGCGAUGAUCUGCCUCCCCUGAGUUCUCUCCGGCUCCUCCGUCUGAAGUAUGUCAAGUUCAAUCACGAGAAUCUUCUCGCAAACUUGAUAGCUCGGGCUCCUUUCCUCGAAACCCUAGAACACCGAGGGUCUGCGGCGGGAUCGACGAAGCUCCAGGUGAUUUCCAAACUUCCCACCAACCUGAAUUCCCUGCGAUUCCUCUGUUUGGCAAAUGUGGCAUUCGAGAACCAUGACCAACUCUUCACCAAUUUGAUAUCCAGCUCUCCCCUCCUCGAAACUCUCGAGCUCAGAGAGAUUUCCAAAUUGAGGAAGCUCCGCGUAAUCUCCAGGCUGAACAACCUGAAGACGGUUAAGAUAGGUUACCCACUCGAUGCGGAGCGAAUCGAGAUCGAUGCUCCUGGACUCGAGACUCUGCAUCUCCAGCCGCUCUACCACGAGGUGAUCGAGAUCGAGGUCACAGCUCCCGAGUUGAGACAUUUAGAACUGGGAGGUUCUGGUUUCACAGAGCGUAAUGUUUGCGAAUUGCUGUCUAAUCUCGGCGGAGGAUCAUCUUUGAAGUCCCUCACUCUGCUGGGGCUCGAUCGGGUCGAGAAGCUGAAUUUCUCGAGCCCCGAGCUCGAGGAGUGCAAGCUGUUCAUGUGGGCGAACUCGAAGCUGAGGGAGAUCCAGCUCGAUGCCGGGCCACGCCUGGCGAAAUUCUUCGUGGGUUGUCGAAACGUCCUUCCUGAUGGCAAAUUGGAGAAAUGUGAGAUCAGUAGCGACGCCACGGCCUGUAGAUUGGAAGUUGAUUUCGGGCAUGUUAGAUUCGAUUCGUCACGGUUGUUUGGUGGAUUAAGGAGAGUCAUUGCAGGAUUCAGCCAGCUCCAUACUGCGAGGGGGGCGAUCAGGAAGGAGAGUUCGAGGAGAAACAACAUUCACUGCAUCGAUUGAAAGACGUGAAGAUCGUGACUGGAGAUGUCGAUAGACCGAAUGAGAUGAAAGAAGAAGAGCUGGUGAAUGUUUCAAAGGACGUGGGUGCGUUGCUUGGGAUGCAAAGACAGGUUAGUUUUAAGUUAACUUGGCACGAGUAAGUUUGUAGAAGAAGAUGUGAUUGGGCGUACAAGACUUAUUUUAGAGUCCGACUAGCAGAGUCCCAAGCUGAUAUUCAAUCUUUAGCUUCAGAGUUGACAUGGUUGAUUAGAGUUGGGGUAGAGAGGUCUUCCCUUGGAAAAGAUUCUUCAUUUUUUGUAUUUUCAUAUGUACCAAACAAUGAGAGCGAAGAAGCAAACCCAAUCUCUUGUCCAGUUAUUCUCCAAGUUGAUACAUAGCCGAUUGUCGUAGUCUGUCGCAAAGAAAGCACUCUGCAGGCUGCAGCUGUGAGUCAC